GCAAGGCUUUGAACUUGUUACUUGUGAGCUCUUCUCGCUGCACCAUGAGAAAUCGGCCCAAAAGACAUUCGCCAUUCUGCGGAUGAUUCGGCUCACCUUUUACCGUUUUACUCUCAAAGACCUCCAAAUACUCUAUGGGACCUACGUCAGACUGCUCCUGGAAUACGCCAACCGAGUUGUCUACUCAGGACGCACGAAAGACGCCACCCCCGUUGAGCGUGUCCGGCGAGCCGCUACGAAAAUGGUUGCCGGCCUCAAAUCUGUGGACUAUGAAACGUGUCUCGUGGUGCUAGACCUCUUUCCCCUGGAGUAUCGCCGCCUUCGAGUGGACCUAAUUCUCACUCAAGCCCUGUUUGAACAAACCUUGACCGUUAAUCGACGGCUAACCGAAGAUGAUUUGGACACCUGCAGGGCCCUGCUGAAAUGUGAAACGCCCUCAUGUGAGGUGCGGCAGCUUGUCGCGGAUGAAUUCGAUCCGGAUGUCAGACGAACUUACAAGAAUCGUCUUCUAGAGUCUCUUCCAAGUGCUCCACCAUCAGAUGUGAACUCAUACUGGGACGAGAUUGCUACCUCUUUGCAUAGUGCUGGGAAUUUUGCCUGUGGCACGACCCAACCAGGCGCACUCAAGCACUGGAUAUCAGACCGAACGGUGGCACUACUUAAAUCUCGAAGAAAUAUCCCAGCCGGUCCCGAACAUAACCCGAUGCGAAGAGCCAUCAGACGCCAAGUGAAAAAAGUCAAAGAAAUGGAAGAGGCCCAAAAAGCCGGUAAUAGCCGAAGAUUAUUUCAGUUGAUCCGUGCGACCGGUCCCCGGAAACCACCUGUGAACGAAACCAUCAAGCAUCAGAACGGAACGAUCAUCUCGAACAAAGAAGAACGCGUCGACCGAUGGGCUAAAUACUUCGAACAACAACUGUCAUGGCCACCAGCCGGCACCCAUCUAGAGCCCACAGGUGAAGUGGAACCCUGGACGCCUGGAUCAGAUUUGGUUGGUCUACUGGCCGUGCUACAAGUUACCUUCGGUGAGAGACCACCUGUGUUUUCCAGACUACCUGCACCCUCACAGCCCAUAUCUGCAGCACCCUAUCCUCCAAGUUAUCCUCAAGUUGGUUUCUAUCCACAACCUGCUCCCGGUCGCGUAGAAAUCGGGUCCGGCUGGCAAAUGCCCACCUCGGCCAAUAUGUGUACCAUGCCCAUGCCACAGAUGCCCAACUACAACUCCCCCUUCCCAGAUUCCGUCGGACCCACUCCGAACCUUCCCAAUCCUCUGCCUGGUAAUCCGUACGAUCCACAGAAGACAGAAGCCACCGGGUCGUUAACGGAAGACCAGCUGCUACCCUCUAUCAAGUCGGCUGUGGCAGACAAGAUCCGCCGGGAGCAACAGGAGUUGAUUUAUCAGUACAACGACGAACUGAAGGCUAUUAGCCAAACACAAUCAGAAUUAAAUGAUGGACGCCAGAAGCUACGAAGAAUGAUUGAACAAAUGAAGGAGGAGCAGAAAACGGCUUCGGAAAAUUUGGAAAAGCUUGAGAGGGAGAACAAGGAACUUGAGGAACUAUGCGCCAACCUUGACUCAGCAGGGGAGGUGGACGUUGAUGAGGCAGUUUUCAUCGAGUACCCGCUCUAUCGACAGUUGGUGUCCAGCUUCGCAAAGGAACAGGCCAUCGAAGACGCCAUGUACUAUUUGCGCGAAGCACUCGGUAAAGGUGUGCUGGAUCUGGAUACGUAUUUGGAGAGAAUUCGCAGACUCUCAAAAGAUCAAUUCGAGCUCCGUUCCACGGUUCUUCUCUGUCGACAAGAGGCUGGACUGCCUGGUUAAUGUAUGCUGACACCUACUCAAGGACUCUUCGCCUCAGUAUCCCAUUCCUUGUACUGACAAGUGGACUGUACUCAGAUUUUUCAUUCACCAUACAGAAAUUGGUUUUUACCACACUUGGACAUACAGUUGACAAGUUGACCCGAGCGAGCGCAUCUUGCUACGGUCCUCGUUCCAACACUGGUACCACGGGAGUCUCGUUGGUUUUCUCCUAAAUUCAGAGAAAACACCUUUGACUUAUUGACACCAGUGAUUCGUUAUUACGGGUUUUCUCCUUUGCCUCUCUCUCAGACACGACGCCUCUGUCAACCCCAAAAAGCCGCCUUUUGUUAUUAGAUUUUUUCGAAGCUACUUACUUUAGGCGAAUAAAUUCCUCCAUUUGAUUGCCUACAGUUGGUGUCGUCUCUGUUGGAAAAUCGAAACACUGGGGAUUUACAGUCCAACUUCGCGUGCUUCAUCAUGCUUCUUUUUGUCCCCUUUAUUUAAAGGGCCCCCUAAUUUUGAAUUGUGAUGAACUGUUUAAUUUCGUGCUGUAUUUAAGCGGAUACUACCCAU